UCUGGUUCCUGCUCCUGCUCCUGUUCCUGUUCCUGUUCCUGUUCCUCUUCCUGUUCCUCUUCCUGUUCCUGUUCUGGCUUCUUUCCUGUUCCUAUUCCUGCUCUUGUCCCUGUUUCAUGUUCGUGUUCGUGUUCGUGUUUGUGUUCCUGUUCCUAUAUAUGGUGCUUGCACGAAGAUCAAGGUGCUAGCUGUGAAAAAAAAUGUCUGUCAAGCUACCUCCACUGUACCAGCUUAACACUGCCCGUGCUCCAAAGGGAGAGCAAAAUGGUCUCAAGCUCAAGCCCCCGGUCCCACCCAUCGACCGCAGGAUGCUCAGGAAGCAACGGCGGAAGUUUGAAGGGAACAAAAUUUUCCAGCAGUACUGCCAGCAGGACUUGAGGAACGACCGAAAUGACAGAUUCGUUCGCAUCUCGUCACUUUUUGACGGCAAUCUUCUCGCUUAUGGGUCACAAUUAGAUCUGGAUAAUCUGCCUGGUGGCUUACAAGAGCUGCCGCCAUGUCGUCGGCUUGAACUGCUGCCCCUUCCAUCAACCCUUCUGGUCCCACAUUGGCGCCUUGUACGUGCAGAGGGCGAUGAAGGCGGUAAAUUGCGCAAGUGCAAGAAGCGAAUGAAUCACACCUUAGCUUGUCCAGCUGUUAAAGGGGGUGGAUUCGAGGAUUGCUACUCGACGGGGGGGGCUGAUCGCGAUGCGGGGCCCUCACGACGUCACAAGCGAAUAGAAGCCAUAACUAGGCAAAGGGAUGGAUUGGGGACUCGUACUCAGAUAAUGCAGGAUCUAGGCUGGACCAAUAAUAAUAAUAAUACUAAUAAUGACAGGAAUAAAUUAAGUCAAGGAGGUGGAAAGUUGGAGGGUCUUGAGCAUUACCGUCAUCAGGAUGAUCGUCUUCAUCGUAGGGUUGGGUUCCGUCGCCAUCACGGUGAGCAAGACAAGGAGAUGAGGGAAGUAAACAGCAGAGACAGUACCGCACAAUUCGACGAGGAGAAUGCCCUGGAAGUCUUAGGAGGUUAUUUACGGAGAUCAAAGAGCUGGGUGCGACUCUCGUCGUUGCGAAGGGAUGCCUUCGACAUUCACUUUCCCGGGCAGCCCCUUGUUGACUCCAUCGAGAGAUGCAGAAAAGCACAGUGGCGGUUGUAGUGGUGGUUGUAGUGGUGGUGGUAUUGUUGUUGUUGCUGUUGC